AUGGGCGAUGCAGCCGGAGAAAUCAUAGCUUCUCCGAGCGUGCCAGACUCCAGCAAGGAUUCCGUGGGGCCUAAUGUCCCAGACGAAUAUUUCCGCACGAGUAGGCCAGAUAUCGUUGGCCCCGACGUUCCAGACGCCCCGUUUCCAAUUAAACUGUCUGGUCCCGUGCAGCAUGGAUUCGGCAGAGGGAGCAAAGACCUCGGAUGUCCAACUGCGAAUCUUCCAGACGAUUCCCUCCCACCCAUGAUCGAUGCUGCAAAGACAGGAGUCUACUACGGCUAUGCUCAGGUUACCCCUUCUCAGGGAACAUCGUCAUCCUUAUCUGACCAAGACGUAUGCGUCUUGCCCAUGGUCAUGAGCUUUGGGUGGAAUCCUUUUUACAAGAACGAGCGCAUGACUGCGGAAAUUCACAUAAUGCACGAGUUUAAGACUGAUUUUUAUGGGUAUGAUAUGAAGGCUUUGGUAUUGGGAUAUAUCCGUCCGGAACUGCACUACAUUUCACGAGAAGCACUUAUAGAGGACAUAGAAUUUGACAAGAAGGUCGCACUCAAGUCAAUGGCGAGGCCAGAGUACGAGAAGUACAUGUCAGACCCCUUCUUCACGGUCUAG